GAAGUAAUGUUCUAAGAAUGUCAUCAGGCACCCAAAUAAAACCAAAGACUGCAGUACAGAAAAGCAAGACAUCUUCUCCUUUGCCAUGUUCUCCAGAACCUGCAAUUAAAGCGCAGCCAAAGCCUAGUGACAAGCUGAACCCUAAAACUAUCGAUCCGUUUGGUGUUCAUUCUCGACCACUUUCUGCAUUUGCUGCUAUAUAUGCUAAAGGUGGCAUUCCAUGCAGGUUAGUGCAUGGCUCAGUAAAGCACAGACUGCAAUGGGAAUGCCUUCCUCAAACUGUUCCCUUUGAUCCGCUUCUUGUAACUUUGGCAGAGGGUCUGAGAGAGACAAAACAUCCCUAUACAUUUGUUUCAAAGGAGGGUUUUAAAGAAUUACUCAUGGUUGAAGGUGCUACUGAAAAAGCAAUUCCCUUGUUGCCUCGUCUAGUUCCAGUGUUAAAGGCUGCAGUGGUAUGUCUUAAUCUUCAUGCAGAGAUUUUCAUGG